GUACUACGACUGAUGCCCUACUGAAUCGCCGCAGGUCCCUCCCGCGCUGCAUGAGCCGAAAACCCACGCUUGGCGAGUUGGACUAUGCCUUGACCGUCAAUAUGGGCGCUGGCGCUCCGUCCUGCCGGUAAAUGCAUUAAGAAGCGCUGUCGAGCUGCGAUGCACGACUCUGUAGCAUACUUCGCUCUUAUUGCUGCCUAAGGCCGGGAGCAGCUGAGUUCUCAAGUAUCAAGACUCAGCCCUCGCUUCCUUCCGCCUGCAGCUGAGCUUAUUAGCAAUCACUCGGAUGCAUCUACGGGCUUCAAGUAGGACUAUGGCGCCCGAUCCCACAUCAGAUUCUUCCCAUACGACGUGUCCUCGGAGCAGAACGUCGACACUAGGCUUUCGCAAUUAGUAGUCCCACCACCCUACGGCACCAUGGCCACAGCAGCAGACUUCAAGCGGAUAGGCAAUUAUGCGCGGAUGUACAACAAGGACCUAAACUUUGACCGACGAAAUGAACGUCGCACGGUUCCCUUCGAGGUCGUAUGUCCGGGCUACUCACGAACAGGAACGCUCACAAUGCACAAAGCGCUUUCCAUCCUAGGCUACCCGACUUUCCACUUCUCAAGCUUCUAUGAGAACAGUCGAGAUUGCCUUCUCUGGACCGAAGCAGUGAAGGCCAAGUUCUACGGUCAAGGGCCUAUGCCCGACAAGGCGUUCUUCGACGGGCUGUUGGGUCACAUCUCGGCGACAACCGAUUCCCCUUGCAACCUCUUCACAGAAGAGUUCAUCACCUUCUAUCCAGAUGUAAAGGUGGUUCUCGUCGAGCGCAACAUUGACAGUUGGGAGAAGUCCUGGACAGCGUACUGCAAAGGGGCGCUAAACCCGGUCCUGCACUUCAUCUGCAACUUGGAUCCUACAUGGGCAGGUCGCAUUGCUGUAGUGGGCGCCUAUAUCACACGGAUACAGGCUGGAUACGCUACCACCCUUGACGAGGUGCGCGUGAGGAGCCGGGUGGCUUACCAGCACCAUUAUCGUGACGUACGUGAUAUAGUCCCGAAAGAGCGGCUGCUUGACUUCGACCUAAGAGAUGGCUGGAAGCCGCUUUGCGAGUUUCUAGGGAAGCCUGUCCCGGACGUACCGUUCCCCCACGAGAAUGAGACGAAGGCGAACCAGGCAGCGCUCGCCGAGACUGGACAGCUCGCGCUUAAGCAUAUCAUGAGGAAUCUCGCGAUCGGGUUGACGCUGGUCGGUGUGCCGGUGGCGGCGGCGAUAUGGUGGCUACUCCAACGGUAACUGGAUCGAUACGCCGUCAGAUCUUCUACAACAUGCUCAGUUUCGAGAAGUACUGCUGGGAAUGCUAGCUUAUCCAAACAGCCAGUGUGCAUACGCUAUUUUGUGUAUCAAU